AUGAGCCAUAAGCACCAGACUCUGCGCUUUCCGAACGACCCGACUGCCGGCGACGGCAUCUGGGGCUACCCGACCAGCAAGGCCAACUUCUGCGAGGAAGAUUACCUCUUCACGCGCUACAUCGCCGAGUUCAUCAACUGUCUCUCCAAUGCCACCUACGUCUACCUCGCGCUGAGGUACCCCCGCGCCAGGCCGCAGGCCGCGGCGCCGUGGUACAAGACGCUCGACGUGCAGUCCGUCGGCCUCCUCCUGGUCGGCGUCUUCUCCGCCGUCUUCCACGGCACCAUGCACCAGGAGACGCAGCUCCUCGACGACCUCUCCAUGCUCGUGCUCGCCGGCUCGCUCGUCCAGCCGCUCUACGUCUUCCGCCGGUCGCGCCCCGUCGCCGCCGCCCUCGCCGUCGCCCUGUGGCUCGCCAUCGCCGCCAUGGCCGUCGUCUACGUCCGCUCCGGCGACAUCUUCAUCCACGUCGCCACCUUCUCCGCCCUGCUGACCCUCGUCUGGCCCCGCACCCUCUUCCUCGUCUACGGCCCCGGCAGCCGCUGGUCCGCCGCCGAGCGCCGCGCCCUCAUGCGCCGCUUCGCCGAGGCCUGCGCCAUCCUCAUCCUCGGCUUCACUCUGUGGCACAUCGACCUCGAGUACUGCGCCGAGCUGCGCGCCGCCCGGAGGGAACUGGGCCUGCCGCUCGCCUGGCUGCUGGAGCUGCACGGCUGGUGGCACAUCUUCACCGCCUACGGCGCGAGCUGGUACAUGAGGCUGAUCAGGGACCUGACGUCUGACGGAGCCGGUGUUGCGAAGAAGGCACAGUGA